AUGCUAGUCACAAGCUCAUGGAAUGAUUCUCUCCAUUUCUGCCAGUGGGAAGGUGUUUUAUGUGGCCAUCGCCAUCAGAGGGUCACUGCCUUGAGUUUAGAGUCCCGUAAUUUAGUAGGUUCUAUAUCUCCUUCUAUUGGAAACCUUAGUUUCCUUAGAACUGUUAUUCUCUCAAACAACAGCUUUCAAGGUGAAAUUCUUCAUGAAAUGGGUCAGUUAUUCAGGUUGCAAGUUCUGGCCUUGACCAGUAACUUGUUGGAAGGACGAAUUCCAGCGAACCUUUCAAACUGCAAUGACUUGAGGAGUCUUCAUUUAGGCAACAACAAGUAUAUAGGAAAUCUUCCUAAAGAGCUUGGUUCCUUAUCCCAAUUCGUGCUACUCUAUAUUGAUUCCAACAAUUUGACAGGGGCAAUCCCGACUAUUUACACAAACCUUUCAUCUCUUGAACGUUUCUUGGCUCAUUUGAAUAUGUUAGAGGGAAGUAUUCCGGACUCCCUAGGCGGCCUGAAAAGCUUAACAUAUCUUUCAUUUUUCUCAAACAAACUAUCAGCUGUGAUUCCUUUAUCUAUCUAUAAUAUCUCGUCAUUGAUUGCUUUGGAGGCACCAAGUAAUUUACUUGAAGGAAGUCUUCCUCAAAAUUUAGGCCUCACUUUGCCUAAUGUUGAAGUGAUUAAUAUUUGGGGAAACAAAUUUAGUGGCUCGAUUCCAUUUUCAAUAUCAAAUGCUUCAAAACUAAAAUACCUUGACUUAUCGCUUAACAAAUUUUCUCCUGGAGUGGCUAUUAAUUUUGGAAACCUUAAGAAUCUCUCUUGGUUGAGUUUAGAUAAGUGUGGUUUGGGAACUGGGCAUGCUAAUGACCUUAAUUUCUUAACUACUUUACCUAAUUGUAGCAAAUUGAGAAUGUUGCAAUUACAGGAAAAUAAAUUUGGAGGUGUUUUACCGAAUUCUUUAGUUAACUUCUCGACAAAACUCGAGCAUUUAUCACUGGUAGCAAACCAAAUAUCUGGAAACAUUCUAGCAGAUAUUGGAAAUCUUGUGAGCCUAAAUGCUCUAGUUAUGGAUGAGAAUCAAUUGAUAGGAAGUAUUCCGACCUCUAUUGGUAAACUUGUUGAGCUUCAAGACUUGGGUUUUAGUGACAACAAAUUGUCCGGGGAAAUCCCUUCCUCUAUUGGAAAUUUAACACUAUUGAACCGGCUUUGCAUACCCCGAGAAGUAAUUGGUCUCUCAUCUUUGUCAAUAUUUCUAGACUUGUCUCGAAACUAUCUAACUGGUCCCAUCCCUGUUGAAGUUGGUAACUUGAAAAAUCUUGUUGAACUAAAUCUUUCCCAUAACAAGUUAUCUGGUGGAAUUCCUAACAACCUUGGCAGUUGCACUUCUUUGGAACGUCUUUAUUUGGACAACAAUUCAUUUGGAGGAACCUUUCCACAAUUGUUAAGUUCUCUGAAGGCCAUCGAAGAAUUAAGUCUCUCACACAAUAACCUAUCGGGUGAAAUUCCCAAAUUUUUAGAAAGCUUUCCCUUUUUGAGAAAUUUAAACCUUUCUUUCAAUAAUCUUGAGGGAGAGAAAAACGAGAAAGCAAUCUUGUGUGCCAUUGUUUAUGGGGUUUUGGGUAUCAUUUUGGCAUCAUCUAUUCUAAUCCUUUGUUGGCUUAGAAAAAAAAGAAAGCAAUCUUGUGUGCCAUUUUCUUUGAUAGAUUCUUCUUUGAAAAUAUCAUAUGGAAAUCUUCUCAAAGCGACAAAUGGGUUCUCUUUAACUAACUUGAUUGGUACAGGAAGCUUUGGUUUAGUAUACAAAGGAAUUCUCCAUCCGAAUGAAAUGGCUAUUGCGGUGAAGGUACUUGACCAACAAAGCAGAGGAGCUUCAAAGAGUUUUGUGGCUGAAUGCAAAACUCUUAGAAACAUCAAGCAUCAAAACCUUGUCAAGAUUAUCAGUGUUUGUGCAAGUGUUGAUUUCCAAGGUAAUGACUUCAAAGCCCUAAUAUAUGAGUUCAUGGAAAAUGGGAGUCUUGAAAGUUGGUUGCAUCCAGUUCCACAAGCAGGUGGUGGUGGUGCCCAUGAGCAGCCGAAAAGUUCAAGCCUCUUUCAACGAUUAGGCAUAGCGAUUGAUGUGGCUUAUGCUUUGGAUUAUCUUCACAACCAUUGUCACAUCCUAGUCAUACAUUGUGAUAUAAAGCCAAGCAACAUUCUUCUCAACAACUACAUGACUGCCUAUGUCGGUGAUUUUGGUUUAGAGAGGCUCCUACAACACCGCAACAAUGAAAUUUCUUAG